AAUAACGAUUCAGCUAAUCUGUUCUUAUCAUAUUUGAUAUAAACAUGUGCACAUUUGUACUCUGCAGUAAACUGCAAUCUGAAAUAUUUUGUGUUUGACAAAUUCUGAUUUAUUUGAAAAAUAAUUGACUGUUCCGUGCUUAGUAUUUAAUGCAUCUUCUUUUUAGAAACAAACAUUGGCCAACUCAGUGAAGAAUGACGUAGUAGUAGGGGUGUAAGAAAUUGAGAGGAUAUUCGGAGAGGGCGGAGUCAGUAUCCAUAUAUACCUAUAUAAAUAGAGCGAGUUUACUUUGUAUUCAUCAGUGGAUUUCCUUAUUCCAAAAGAUAAUACCAUGUUGCAUAUUUCUGGAGCAUUGAUUUAUCUUGGUCUGGUAGCUGUCUUCAUUACAGACAGUUUUGCGAAUGAUGUGGAAGAUAACUGGCAAUUAGUAUUCCACGCAGUAAAAGGUAACGGGAAAGAUGUCCGUGACGCCUGGAACGCGAGGUCACCAUCAGUUUGCUCACCUGACAAUGGUUGUCUUUCACCUGGUUUUAAGUUGGAUAACUGGAGAGAUAAUAUGAAACAUCUGCGAAGUCCCUUGAUCGACCAGUGGGAGUCACUCAGAAUCCAAAAGAUCCGGGUGGUACUUGGCCGUAAUGGGAAAACCUUAGCAUUCUUAGAAUUUGAUGGCAGUGGAAGCAACAAGCUAAAUUGGUUUAGCAAAUCCAGGCUUCUUCACAGUAGCUGGUCCGAUCUCAAAACCUCGAGAACUAACUAUUUCUCAAUUAAAGGGCACGACAGAGAUGGUAGGCGUCCUGUCAAAAGGCACUUUUUUGUCAACAAAAGGUAUGGCCGUUGCCCGAAUGAUGUUGGGUGGUUUGUGAUCAUAGACAAGACCGAUCUCUGUCCCUGGGCAAGGAAAGGGAGGACUCCGUUGUUUCUGUAUAGUAGGGGUUCAAAAGCUGCUAACUGGAAUCGCAGACCCGGGGUCGCCGAUGUCAUGAACGUUUACAUAGGGUGUAAAUUUCAAGAAGGAUUUCCAAAGCAUCCUGAUAGAUUUGAUCUAUGUACAUCCAGUUUGUACUAA